AUGCAACCAAGCAAUCCUUCGCCUUCAUCAUCAUCGACAUUCUUUUUUAAUCCGAUAGAGAAUUUGAUGCAACAAUUUCAGGCAAAAUGUAAAUUGAUGAAGGAAAAUAUUCGAAAGAUGAAAGUAGAAGAAUUGAUCGGAAAUGAAAAGGAGAGAGAGAAAGAAUUUAUGAAAGGAUAUGCUCAAUUAUUAGAACUUCAAGCACUACAAAUCCAAAUUAAUUUAUUUCAAAAGAGGAUGAAUGAUUUGAGAGUUGAAAGGAAAAAAGAAAUGGAGCUCCCUCUUUUGGAGUAUAACAAUAUUUCAUGCGAGGCUAAAUACUUCCGACGAGAUAUUGCCAUUUCCAAGAACUAUUAUUCGAGACAUGUGGAAAUUGAUCUUCCAAAUGAAGAAUACUUUGCUAAAAAAGCACCAAAGAGUUAUACACAAGUGUUAGCGGAACUAGAACAACUGAAAGGAAAAGGAAGUACCAAUCAAGAAGAGGUUAUGAGCAAGCAGCAUCAAUUAAUGAUGAACCGUUUAAAGUUUGAGCUUGAAGAACGGGAGUCUCUAGAAAAAGAUAUCGAACAAUUGAAAUCAGAACAAGAAAAGAUCAAACAAGAGCAAUAUAAUAUUGAGAAAUAUAUCAACAAUAUUCCUAAAAAUCUCGCUACAAUCAAAAAGACAAUGCUUCAAUUUGAACCAGCAAUUAAUCCGCUUAAACACAAAUAUUCAGAUUGGUUUACAGCUGAAGAAAUUGAUUUACUCAAACAAUUACCAACUCCUCUUUUCAUUCUAUAUAACAAACUUAUGGAAUAUAAACAGACAUGUGACAACACGAUAUUAUUGUCCAUUGUUGGAGAUACAGAGAGAGCGAAGCAAGAAUGGGACGAUCUUGAAAACUCUACAGUUUUAACAGAUAGUUCUAUAGCAGAGGAAUUAAAUGGAGAGCCCAAAAAGAAAAAGCUAAAGCCUGCCGAUUCAAGUAAUGAAUCAUUUGCCUUGUUUCCACUUUAUAUUCAGCUGAGAGUGCACCUCAAAAUUUAUGGUAAGUUAACAGCAAGCCGAAACGACGAGAUCGGUUCUUACAACUUGCAUCCACCUGAUACCAUAGACACCAACAAAAAACUCUUGAUUGAAUUUGGUUAUCUUCAUAAGAGCAAUCUAGUAGUUGUCAAUGAGGCAAAGAGUGCUACUUCUGUUCUUCCAACAUUGAUACCAGGUGAUGAUGGAGCUUUUUCACCAAAUAUUAGUGUAAUGUCUGACUAUGAUUUCCGCAAUUUCGAGAGAGGAAGACCAUAUCGAUGGCUUCAAAAGAUUUGUGGACUAGAGUUUAUUCCUAUGAGAAUGCCUAAUAGCGAUCAAGCCAAAGGAAACAAACCAGAAGAAGAUAAGGAGUAUUCUCUCCAUUAUAUUUUGAACUUUUUCAAGUACAAACAAAAGGCAAAGAGAUACUUGCUGCAUCAACUUAAAUCAUUUGAUAACCUUGAACUGAGAAGUGAAUUUCCAUCUUGUUUGCCUGUUUCUCCAAAACUUGAAUCUGCCAAACAAAUAUUUAGCGAUUAUACCUCGUUGACCUAUAUUUCAACAAUUCGAGUUGACAAGUACCUUUUUGAAGUUGAGAUUUACAUUGAUGUCACUGAUUAUCCUUUGAAAGCACCUCAUUUCAGAAAACUAACCCAAUUAGAGCCAGCAAUUGAUGGUAAUGAAUUGGAUAGUAUUCCUGAAGAGUUUAGAACCAUUAUCGAAAUUGAUUCAGCUGUGGAACAAAUACGACAUGAAACAUCAGCUUCUAGCUCUGCAUUAUACCAAAUUGAAAAAGAUGUUAAUUAUUCAUUCGUCUCUGAAUUUAACGACGAGCAUAUUUAUCAGGCAGAUGAUCCGCAGAAUAUUGAGCAUUUUUGCCUUAUUUCCCACCAAAUUCAUCGUCUAAUGACUUGUCUAGCUGUAUUUGUUGAAACCAAGAACCCAGAUUCAAAAGCAAUAAUCAUGACCAAUAAUAACAUGCUUGUUGGAAAAGAACUUCUAUUGCCACUCCACUACGAUGAACGAAGUAACUGUUUUACUCACAAGCUGCUCUAA